AUGGCUGGAGAAACGCUCCGAAUGGAUACCGAAAGUCCGGAUAGCGACAGCAAAGAAGCCGUUGUUAGACGCGCGUGUGACCAAUGUCGGCAACGAAAGAUCCGCUGCGAUAAACGGUCACCAUGCGCCAACUGCCGCACAUCCAAGAUUAUGUGCAGCUCUACAGGAGCGGGCCAGAAGCCUCGGGAGCCGCGGAAACGCGUGCUCAUUUCCAACGAAUACGAAAGGAAGAUUGACCAUAUCGAUGAGCGGCUGGGCGGAAUCGAACAGGUCCUCCGCGAGCUUAAGCUUAGCAUAGCAUCUGGUACAGGCGCUCAGAUACGUGCCCACUCGGCGCCUACGUCCAGACCUCUGAGCCCCUCUGUCCAAGACCACCCUUCUAACCCACAGGACGCAAUGGACCAGGCGGAGUCGAAGAAUGGGCUCGAGGGCAACUCGUUGAUGGCCACUCAGUCAGCCUAUGCUAGUGACUUUCUACAGACAGCCGUAUCACGUAGUCCGGUGCCAAUGUCUGAUUCAAAGAUCAACGCAGCCCUCUCUACCCUGAAGCAGCUUGUCAAGAUGCAAGAUAACCAAGCCUCCGCUGCUCGCGAGUACCCGCCUCCGAAGCAAAGGCGCCUCACUGACUGUAACCCCCGGGAUUUGGACAUGCCACCAAUGCAUGUCGUUAUUCCUCUACUCCGCAAAGCAAUCGAGGGUAACCCCGUAUCUUUGCAGUCGCUUUGCCCAUUUAUACCAUUUGAACGCCUCGCCGAUAAGUGUCGCGAGGUGUACUUCGCUACGGAAAACUAUUCUGAUGCGACAUUCAUCGUGGCAAAUGGAGGGCUAUAUCAGCUUUUCGUCGCAGCGAGCUUUAUGAAUUCUGAUAGCGCGCUGCGAGAGGAAUAUCAAAGAUAUGCCGAUAUCUGCAAGCAUAAUCUGGAUACGACCUUGGCGAACUUGCAUCUUUUGAUGCCUGCAGAUAUAGAUUCUAUCGAGGCCCUCGCGAUGGGAGCGGCCCAUGCUAUUGAGAUUUCUAAGCCUUCCUUUGCCUUGACACUGACCUCCACAGCGUCUCGUUUGUGUCAGGAACUCGGGUUGCAUCAAAUGCCGUCUAUAGAAAACCUGGACGUCAAAGAGAAAAAGCACAGGUUGAGCCUGUUCUGGUCGAUCUACUGCAUGGACCGGGCGCUUGCACUGCGGCUAGGGCGUGCUGCCACCAUCCCGGACUAUGAUAUUGAUGUUCCCAUGUCAUUCGAAGGUUUCUCGGCGGAUAUUUUCAAGUCUGCACAUCUGCUUUGGAUAGAACUUGCUAGGAUUCAGGGCUUGGUGUAUCAACAUCUUUACAGCCCCGCUGCGCUACGCCAGGAGGAGGUGACCAGACUGGGAGAGGCGCGCAGGUUGGCCGCUGAGAUGGAGGAUCGCGUAAUGCGACCGUUCAGAGUCAGUGUCCUGCCCACCCAGAAGGCCAGCUCUAACAAUGGACAGAUUUUAUACCCUACUCUCGACGGUCUGAAUCCGAUCGAGUGUCUAUAUCUCAAAUGCGACGAAGUAUGCCGCUUUUCGGUCUUGACACUGAUCUACCGAGCCAUUCCACCACAACCGGGCACGGGCACGUUCGUCAAAGAGUGCAUUGAAGCUGCCAGAAGCGCUCUUCAAACGCACAAAUCGAGCAUGGGACUGCUUACCGAAGCAAAUGAGGUUAUGAAACUUUCAUACCUACACUGGUGCAUUCUCUACUCCCCAUUCGUCCCUUUCAUCGUUCUUUUCUGCCACAUAAUCGAAGUGUCUUCCUGGAGAGACCAGGAAAGACUCGAGGAAUUUGUCGAGUCGCUGAAACCGUACUGCCCGCUAUCUGCCGCGGUAUUCAAUCUCCAUCGACUAUGCCACGCCUUGAGCAAUGUUGCCCGACUCUACAUUGAAGCCAAAGCACAGGCGCAGACUCAGGAGAAUCAAACCCUUGCGUCGGUCGGUCACGAGGUCAACUCGUAUCUUAGUGCACUCGGUCUUGCACCGUCCGAAGUUGUGGAUACACGAUGGGCUGGACCUGCACCAGGCACUACAACCUCAGGGACAAUGAACUACCCAGCAACUCAAAGUUUUGGCACAGCCAUUCCCCAGGCUCAUAUGACACAACUAGGCAACUGGUUUUCAGGAAACCAGUACAUGAUGGGACUGUUAGAAGAGGAUUUAUCAAUGUUUGAUCCAUCGAAUCUGACCUAG